AUGUUGGGACCUUUACUCUCCUUCCUGACGACCCGCCACUUCUUCUUUACGACCCGCCUCUUUGUCUGCUGUUGUUGCUUCUUCUUUAUUUCCUCUUGCAGGGACGCGUUUGCCAUCGUGUGUGGGGCGAACGUGGUGGCGGACGCAGCCAUGGCCUCCGUGCCGGCAGAAUCAAAGGAAGCGCGGGAGAGGCACCGCCGCACUCUGCGUGAAUUGCUGCGACUGGAGGAGAAUCAGGAAUGCAUGGACUGCCAAGCACGAAAUCCGACGUGGGCUAGCACCAACCUGGGCGUCUUUGUUUGCUUGCGCUGCAGCGGACUGCAUCGGCAGCUUGGCGUUCACGUGAGCAGGGUGAAGAGCUGCACCAUGGACUGGUGGGAGCCGGAGCAGGUCGCCUUUAUGCGGGCAAUGGGCAAUGCGCGGGCCAAGACGAUCUGGGAGGCGACGAUUCCCGCAGACUACCGAAAGCCAUUGGAGAAAGAGGACUCCGAGCUGGUGUUCAAGUGGAUUCGCGCAAAAUAUGAAAAAAAGCGUUUUUACAGGCUUCCUGACGAUUCUGAAAAGAAGCAGUUUUCGCCAGCAGCGGGAGUUGCGGCAACGGGGGCCUUGGAGUUUGCGGAGGUGCAACUGCAGGAACGACGGUUGAAGAAGGCGGACGGGAUAAGGCCACGGAGAGAGGAGGACGUGGGAGACCCGCAGGGGCUGCGGCGGGGGGCACAGCGCACUAGCCACGUGUCACUGGAGUUGUCACAUGCGUCGGACUUGAUGCUUUUUAACGCCCCGAGUCGGGUGUUGGAUGUAAAAAGUAGUUUACGGUUGGAGCUUUUUGGGGGACCUUCCCCCGCGACACAGGCGCAGACGCGAGGCAGCGCCUUUGCUUUUGUGUCGGCGACUCCAAACAAGACGGGGGUGGGGUUCGCCGGAGGCCCCGGGAGUUUUGCGACGCAUCACGCCGUGGGCAACCCCGUUGGCGUGAGUCUUUUUGGCGUUCCACCUGAGUUGAGUGGGGGCGGCAAGCAGCACCAUGACGUGCUGGAUGAGUUGUUUUCAGCCGAACCUGCGCCUGUGCAAGGCGAUGAGAAGGAGACCGAGGAGGGUCCUCGUGAGGGACGUGCGUGGCCGCCUUCGCUUUCUUCGCGAGCGAAUGGGUCGGCUGUCGGAACUCUUUUUGACCCCUUUGAAAAACUCUUUUCAGUCGCGUCGCCACCAGCCGCAGCGCAUCCGCACGAACACCAGCAGUUGUCGUUGCCAGAAGGGGAGUUGCUGAGCAGCGACCGACCCCCGCGUUCAUGGCAAGAGAUGCAGACAAGUCUGGAGGAGCAGGUGAGGAACCUGCAGCAGCGGGUUGCGUUGAUGCUGAGCCACGAUAUGCGUUCUCAGCAUGGAAAUUAG